ACCCGCCCCACUUAUUAUUCUGGCCUUCACAUUUCCCUCAUGCCUUUCCAUUUAUUUAUUUAUAGCACCAAACUCAAUAUUCCCCAGCCUACAUCCCACCUACUGUAUUAAAAACAAGUCCUUUCUGUUCCCUUCUCUUCUAUAAAACAAAGGAAAGAAAUAUAAGCCAUGUCGAGAUCAGCAAUUGAACUUGACUUUUUCGGCAUGGAAAAGGAGUUAUCUCCUCCUCCGAAGCUUCCCACUUUUGCACGCAGAAGAAGCUUUCGUGACAUUCAAGGUGUUAUAUCUAAGAUCAAUCCAGAAGUUCUGAAAACUGUGAUUGCAAAUGGCUCCUCUGGUCUUAAUAAAUCGGUUACAGUUCCUUGUACGCCAAAGGAAGAUCAUACCAUCUUUCCUCCAUUGCCAGUUCAUGGUUCUAACCUUAGGCAAAGUUGUGAGCCAAAGAGAAGUGCUGAAACUGCUCCAAUGACUAUUUUCUACAAUGGGAUGGUCGCUGUUUUUGAUGUUUCUCCACAUAAGGCCAAGGACAUUCUCCUACAUGCUGAGGAAGAAGCCCAAAAACCUGCUGAAUCCUCGGAUUCUAAAGGAACAGACCCUUCAUCUGACCAAAAGAAUAUAUUGGGAACCCUCAAUGGAGACUUUCCCAUAGCAAGGAGGAAGUCUUUGCAGAGGUUUCUAGAGAAGAGAAAAGAGAGGUCGAAUAUGUGGGAACCAUACGGACGUCCAAACAAGUGCUAAGUUACGAGAAAAAGAAUAAAAGUACGUUGUUUGGAAAUGGGAAUUGCUAUCAUUUAUCUAUUAUUGAAUCUUGUAUGACUUUACAGUCAAUUAACCUUAAUUUUUUAUUUUAAGUGGGGUCAUGAACUCUCUUUCGUUGCAAUUUCUUAGUGUCUGGUCUUCCCACAUUUUAGUCAUGUGUGUAUAGGAAUAGGAAUAUUCUUUUACUUUUCAAAGAUGUAACCAUAUUUUUAUAUUUUAAUUUAAAAAUUUAUUAUAUGGUGGGAAUU